CUGUUGACUUUGAAAAUCACAGCACUGUAAACCAUAAGCCCAACCUCCUACGUUAAUUUCAAAACACCCCACCUCGAUUCAUUCAGAUAGAGAGAGAGAGAGAGAGAGAGAGAGAGGGAGAAGAGAGAGAUGUCUUGCUGUGCUUCAUGCUGUGCUUCUCUGACGUGCGGUCUCUGCUCAUCGGUGGCCUCUGGGAUCUCAAAACGCUCUGCUAGACUUGCUUAUUGUGGUCUAUUUGGCAUCUCUUUGAUCGUUUCUUGGAUUCUCAGAGAAGUCGGAGCUCCUCUCUUGAAGAAAGCCCCAUGGAUAAACGAUUCAGAUACUCACACAGAGGAAUGGUAUAAAAUGGAAGCAGUUCUUCGUGUCAGCUUUGGGAAUUUCUUGUUUUUCGCAGUACUUGCCCUCUUAAUGAUUGGCGUGAAGGAUCAAAAUGACCAACGCGAUUCCUGGCACCAUGGUGGAUGGAUUGCUAAGAUUUUGAUUUGGGUUUUGCUUGUCGUCCUCAUGUUUUUCCUCCCAAAUGUCAUCAUUGAUAUUUAUGGAACUCUAUCAAAAUUUGGAGCAGGGUUGUUUUUAUUGGUUCAAGUUCUUAUAUUAUUAGAUGCUACACAUUCAUGGAAUGAUGCAUGGGUUGCUAAAGAUGAACAGAAGUGGUACAUUGCUUUACUUGCUGUAUCAGUAACUUGCUAUCUUGCUGCAUUUAUAGGCUCGGGGAUUCUGUUUAUCUGGUUCAAUCCUUCUGGCCAUGACUGUGGUCUUAACAUCUUUUUCAUUGUCAUGACCAUGGUUCUUGCAUUUGCAUUUGGGAUUAUCGCAUUGCAUCCGCAGGUAAACGGUAGUCUGUUGCCUGCUGCUGUGAUAUCUGCUUACUGUGCAUAUGUGUGUUACACCGGUCUCUCCAGUGAACCUCGGGAUUAUGAGUGCAAUGGUCUCCACAACAAAUCCGUAGCAGUCUCCACUGGUACCCUUGUUCUGGGAAUGCUCACAACGGUUCUCUCAGUUCUCUAUUCUGCUCUUCGUGCUGGAUCCUCAACGACCUUCCUAUCUCCACCAUCUUCUCCUAAGUCAGGUCAAAAGAAACCUCUUCUUGACUCAAAAGACGUUGAAGGAGGUAAAGAAAAGAAAGAAACGGUGGCUGAGGCCCGGCCAGUUAGUUACUCCUACACAUUCUUCCAUCUCAUAUUUGCGCUGGCUAGCAUGUACUCAGCCAUGCUUCUUUCGGGGUGGACCAGCAGUUCCGAGAGCUCCGACCUGAUAGAUGUUGGCUGGACAUCAGUUUGGGUUCGCAUUGGCUCCGAGUGGAUCACUGCUGGAUUAUAUGUCUGGUCCCUUUUAGCUCCUUUAUUCUUCCCUGAUCGCGAAUUCUUCUAAAUCAUAGAUAUGGAGGUUCCCAUGAGCUGUUAAACUUCUAAUGUUGUUUAAAGAUAUAUGCAGCAAGUUUGUGUAACAUCCUUCUGUAUGUUAUUUGGGUGUAAUGUACAUAUAAAAUAGAUUCCCUACUGUAACUAAUCACCUUCUACUACUUGUUUCUUUGUUUGAUGUCUGCCAGAAACAGUUCCACAUCCGGAUACACUAGUUCACCACACCAGUUG